AUGAGCCAGCAGUGUGCCCUGGUCCUGUCUGGUUGUGGUGUCUACGAUGGCACAGAAAUCCAUGAGGCCUCAGCCAUACUGGUACAUCUUAGUCGCGGGGGAGCUGAGGUUCAGAUGUAUGCUCCAGAUGUUCCUCAGAUGCAUGUCAUUGACCACAGUAAAGGGCAACCAGCUGAAGCUGAGUCAAGGAAUGUUUUAGUGGAAUCUGCAAGGAUUGCUCGUGGUAAAAUUGCAAGUCUGGCUAAGCUCACUACAGCAGACCAUGAUGCUGUGAUAUUCCCUGGUGGAUUUGGAGCUGCUAAAAACUUAUCUACCUUUGCUGUUGAUGGGAAAGACUGCAAGGUGAAUGGAGAAGUUGAACGUGUCUUGAAAGACUUCCACAAAGCAGGCAAACCGAUUGGUCUUUGCUGCAUUUCACCAGUGCUGGCAGCGAAGGUUCUCUCGGGUGCUGAAGUAACUGUGGGCCAUGAAGAAGAGGAAGGUGGCAAGUGGCCUUACGCUGGGACUGCAGGAGCCAUUAAAGAACUGGGAGGAAAGCACUGUGUGAAAGAAGUAACUGAAGCUCACGUGGAUGCGAAGAACAAGGUGGUGACUACCCCAGCAUUUAUGUGUGAAACAGAAUUACAUAAAAUCUUUGAUGGCAUUGGGGCCAUGGUGAAGAAUGUGCUAAAAUUAACGGGCAAAUAAAAAAACCAGACACGUUUAAAUUUAGAGUGUAGUAUCAAAUAUAAUAUGGACCAAUGGAAACAUUUUCACCUGCUUGUCCUGUUCACAGUGUGGGGAAUGCUGAUACAAAGCUGAUUGAUUCCCAGCUGCAGGGUUUU